AUGGUUGGUCGGGUGCGACGGGAAAUCGCAGGGGGCCCCAGUUGGAGCACAUGUCGGAGGCUGGGCUGGGGCACUGGGGCGGACCGCUCAGCGGGCGGCGGGGCGGGAGCUGGUCGACUGGCACCGCAACUGGGUGAUGUGUCGACGGGCCUGGAAGAAAACGAGUCGAACCCUGGACCGGAACCUGGACCAGGGGGCCCGGAGCUGUGCGACAGUGAGAAAUUGGCACUUUUGAGUGGCUCGCCAGCGGCUCCUCAGCGGCAUAGUAAAGUCACGAGGCUGGGAUCUGCGCAGCAACAGGACAGGGCAGGUGCGACUGAACCUAGCCCGGCGUGCCUGUCUGCUCGUGCAGACCAAGAGAGGCAGAGGCAGAGGAAGACUGGACCUUGUAUUUCGUACGCACACAAGUGCCGCAUGUCCCAAGAGGAAAGGCGUCCAGCUCGUCGCAUCCAAAUAUUUUUCGUCACCUUGCAUCCCCAAAGACACCAGGGAACUCAGUCGUCCAGCGUUUCAGCCCUGUGCCGUGCUCUUGAGCUGUCGCCCAGCAAGACUCCGAGCGCGACGCAGCUGGCAUAG